AUGUGUAUAGUAUUUAUAUUAAACAACAAACCACUCUAUAAUAGUAGUAGUAGUAGUAGUCAACAUGAUAUAGACUGCGGUGGAAGUAGUAGUAGUGGUUCUAAUAGUCAUAACAAUGGUGGUAUACCAUUCAUCAUAUUAAAUAAUCGAGACGAGGUGUUUGCAAGACCUACACAACGUCUAAAUAAAUGGGUGUUGGGUGAUAAUAGUAGGAGUAGUGAUACUUCAGGUGGUGCAGGAAGUGCAGGUGAAGAUCAUGAUAACAAUAGUAGUAGUAGUAACAAUAACAAUAACAUCGAUAUAUACGCAGGAAGAGAUUUAAAGUUUGGAGGUACUUGGUUUGGUAUAAACAACUAUGGUUCAUUUGCCAUUCUAUUAAACUAUACUGUACCAAAGGAAUUAAUCAGUCCAGAUCUAAAGAGUAGAGGAUUAAUUAUACCAGAGUUUCUCAAACACCCAAGUUCAGAAUUAAAAGAUUACAUAGAGACAAUGCAAAAAGAAAAGCAUUUGUAUCCACCUUUAAACUUGGUCGUUGGUAAUGUAAAGACUGGUGAAAUCUAUUAUAUAUGUAAUUACAACAAAUCCGAUAAUAAUAAUAAUAUGAAUGAUACAACGACCGAAGCUAUUAUAUUGGGAGAUCAAGUUGUAACAGUAUCUAAUGGAAAUGUAAAUGAUAAAUGGCCAAAAAUGAAAGUUGGAGAAUUAUUAUUACAAGAAUAUUUUGAUAAUUUAAAUAAUAACCUUAACCCCAAUCAACAAGGGUACGAUAUUAAUAAUAUUCCAUUGGAUGGUUUAUGGAAUAUAUUAUCAAACAACCAAAAACCAGAUUUAAGCGAUAUACCCAAAGUAGGGUUGGAAGAGACUUUUGCCAAGCAAUGCUCAUCUGUAUUUGUCGAAGAAGCACCAAUCAAUGGUACCAACUAUGGAACACGAACAUCAUCUAUUUUAAUUGUUGAUAAUCAAUUUAAAGCAAGAUUCAUCGAAAAGGAUUAUGUUAAUCCUGGAAUCACUGAUAUUACUUUUCAACUUGACCAAUAA